AUGGAUAGGAUUAUGAAAUGGAGCCAAGGAGUUGAUACUGCAUGUGUGCUAUGUAAAGCUGCUAUAGAGACUCGCAAUCAUCUGUUUUUCGAAUGCUCUUAUGCUUCACAGCUAUGGGAGUAUCUCGCAAAGGGUAUAUUGUUGGGUAUCUAUUCCAUCAACUGGUCUUCAUUGGUGAGGAUAGUUACAAGUGGAAGUUUGGAUAAAAAGGGAAUGUUCUGCAUUAGAUAUGCUUUCCAGGCUGCUAUCUAUGCUAUUUGGAGGGAGAGAAAUCGUAUCAGGCAUGGGGAGAAACCUUUACCUAUUGCCAUGCUACAAAAGUUUACUGAGAAGGGGAUUAGAAACAAGUUGAGUUUGAUGAGUACAAGGAAGAGGAGAGGUUUAGAGACUGCUCUUCAAUUUUGGUUUCAAACAGGACUUUAA